CUAUAAUUUUAACUUCCUUAUGUAAAGUUUAAAACAUAAUCUAUUGUUCAAUCAAAGUAGAAAAAUAUAAUCAUGUGUUGUUAGAGGAUAUACUUAAAAUACAAAUAUGAUUUUGAAAUACAAAUUCAUCACCAUGCUCUCAUUUUUGGUAUGCUGUAAAUGUAUAUUUGCAGCUGAUGGUGAAAUAGACGAAAGCUGUAAAAUUAAUUGCGCAUGUUGUAAGAAUCAAAACUGUGGACCUGAUGGUUACUUUGAGGAAGGAAAUUGUUAUGAGGGUUGUAUUGAUGGAUAUUUUGGUGGUCGUUGCUAUAGGAAAUGUACCUAUAACUGUCAAAAAUGUGAAUACGACGCUGAUAUCUGCGAGUCUUGUUAUGAUGGAUUCUAUCUGGAAGUUACCAAAGAUUGUUCAGGAGUGUGCCCUUCUGAAUGCGUAUCUUGUACAUCGUCCACAUUUUGUACAAAAUGUAAAGAACACUUUUACAAUGACCAUGGUUAUAGGGACUGCAGGUUUCGAAAAUGUCCGGUUAACUGUAAAUGUGAUCAGAAUGUAUGUGUUGAAUGUCAGGCGGGUUAUUUUGGUCCUAGCACUACGUGUCUGGAUACUUGUCCUGCUAACUGUUAUACGUGUCUAUCAAAAGACUCUUGUCAGUCGUGUAAAACGGGAUAUUACAAUGGUAAAGAAUUUGAUAAUCCUCAAAAUCCUGUGAUGAAUAACUGUGUACAUCAAUGCCGAGCUGAAUGCACAAGUUGCUUGAGUUUUAAUAAUUGUACAUCAUGUCUGCCAGGUACAUUUGGUCCAACAUGCCAGCAGAAAUGUUCCACUGGGUGCAAUAACAACGUUUGCGAAAAGGAAACCGGAAACUGUAUCUGCAGGCAGGAUUUUGCAGGGACAGAUUGUACAAAAUGUAUUCUUGGUAAAUUUGGUGACUUGUGUGAAAACAAUUGUACUGCCUAUUGCAAAAACGGCAUUUGUGAUAAAAAGUCAGGUGAAUGUGAUGAGUGUAUAAGUGAAAAUAUGAUCGACCGAAAGUGUGACACUUGUAAGGAAGGAUGGUAUGGUGAUACCUGUAAUCUGAGAUGUCCGACUAAUUGUAAAUACAAUCUAUGUGAAAGAAAUACAGGAUAUCAAACAGACAACAUAAACAACAACAACAACCAGACUGCUGUCAUAGUAAUGGGAAUAAUAAUAGCCAUACUAAUGAUUAGUUUAGCUGUGUCUUUGGUUUUACUUUGGAGAGCACGAUUCUUCCAAAAUAAUACAGUUGACAAAACAAUAUUACCUGAAAAUAAUAUGAAGGAAGCUGGUGACAAGCACAUCACAUCUGAGAAAAACCCUGUUUACUACAGUGUGAUGGAGACGGGUUUAUGUACUAGGCGUUUUACCUCUUUAAUGAUAAAUCUAUCAGGACUAUAUUAUACUGAAAGACUUCUUCAUUUUGAUGAAUAA